GCGGUCGACGGUGCCAAGCCAUGGAGCCAGGGACUCUGGCUGAAGGGAGCUUCCUCAGACUGCUUCAGAGCGACACGGACCCACUGCAACUCAUCCACCUGUAUGACCAGAUGCCCCUGGGAGGGGAAGAAGAAAUCGAAUUCUCUCCAGACCCUGACACUGACACCGCGGAGAGUAUCAACUGCGAUCAGGUCACCAAACUCUGGAAUGAGAUAGAAGGAGAUGAAAGCACCCGAGAAGCAUAUGACAGUAUAGCGGCAUUAGCAGAAUAUGUGCUCCGAGACCAGCAACUGGAGAGGUUGCCUGAGGAUAUAUUUGAAAACCUAGGUGCUGACGAAAUGGCCAUCGAGAGCCCCGAGCUGCUUCCUGACCUGAUGCAGAAGUGUCCCAAAAGACCCUCCUCGGACAUAGCUGAGACUCAUGAGGACCCUACAGAACCCAAGCACAGGAAAACAGAACUGAAAUCCCAGAGCACCACAAGAAGACCAAACCGGGCUCACAGAUGGUGUGAUCCAUACAGAGCUGGGCCCCCUGAUGUUCCCGUGGCGACCAGCAGCCUCCUGACGAUGCCUGUCGGUGGUUCUUCUGCCGCUGCCAGACUUCUGUCUCUUCUUCCAGGGCAAGACCCCUACCCAAUCCACCCCUCAUUUGAAGAGGCCUUGCUGGCACCCUCUCCAUCCAGCUCCUUCCUCAGCUGUGUGAACGUCACCGCGGGAGAGAUUCGGAUGGUCCCCACCCUCCCCACUGGGCCCCAGCCUUUUCUCCACUUCUCCUUGGGAAAUGGCAUCUCGAACCUCAUUAUCUGUCCAGGUGAUUCUACCAUCCACAGUCUCCCAGUGUCCCCUGACAGGAAUUCAUCACCCAGCCCUUUUGCUCCAUCAGCCGGCGACGUGCCCAACAUGCCUGAACCUGCAGCUAUGACUUCGAACUGCAGGAUGGAAGACAUCACCAUAGGACUGUCCCAAGAAGCUACUGUUCAUCCAGACCAGCCUCCGAAAAGGCCAAAAUUGGUGGAAAGGUUCUGCUCGGCGCUGAGGGAGGAGUACGGCAGAAGCCCUCAGCAGGACGGGCCCCGGGGUGGCCUGCCAACCCUCGACGGCUUCUACAUUGACGGGGGCCUCGUCAGGGCCCAGCUGGAAACCAAGCCGGGGAAGAAUGCCGGGAAGUGCCUGGAGAAGGAGCUGGCCAUCUACGACCUGGCCGAGAGGCAGAAGGCCCACGUCAGCAGGAGGGACGUAUUCAUCAGCCGAAGUGGGCGGCCGCGAGAGACCCAGGUGAUUGCCCUGCUGGGGAAGGCCGGGAUGGGCAAGAGCGCCUUUGUGAGGGCUGUCUGCCAGGACUGGGGUGCAGACCGGCUCCCUCAGUUCGAGUUCGUCUUCCACUUUGAGGGCCGGAGACUGAACCUGCCCGGGGCCCAAUUCAGCCUCCGCGGCCUGCUCUUUGAGCUGUGCCUCCAGCCACCAGAGAGGAGCGAGGAGGUCUUCAAGUACAUCCUCAGGCACCCAGAGCGGGUCCUCAUCCUCCUGGAUGCCUUCGAGGGGCUGUUGGAUGGGCCGGAGGGCUUCCUGCACUGUCAGGGCUGCUCCUCUCCUCGGGAGUCCCACACCAUCAAGGGGCUGCUGGCGGGGCUCUUCCAGAAGAAGCUCCUGAGCGGCUGCACGCUCCUCAUCGCGGUCAGGCCCAAGGACAAGUUCAGCCACUUCCUAGCCAAGGUGGACAGCAUCGUGGAGGUGGUGGGCUUCUCCCCCGAGCAGGCCGAGGCCUACGUGGUGCACUACUUCAACGGAUCCCCGCACGGGGCGGAAGCCCUGACGCUACUCCGGGCCCGGCCCUACCUCCUCAGCCACUGCCACAACCCUGGCCUGUGUAGGCUGCUCUGCCAGCUCUGUGAGACCCUCCUGGCUCCUGGGGGACUGGCCGACCUGCCCACUACACUGACCGGCCUCUGCGUCGCCCUUCUGAGGCCCGAGCUGGCACCCGGGGGUGAGGGGGUGGCCGGGGACCAAUAUAGGCAGCAGCUGAGGGGCCUGGCAGAGCUGGCCUGGGCGCUGGGGCAGAACCACCAGGAUGCCCUGAGGGAUGGCCAUUUUCCCUCCAGGGAGCUCAAGGAAUUUGCCGAGGCUUCGGGCUUCAUGCAGCCCUUCCCCGGGGCCGGAGAGCCGGGGAGUGUGUUUUCCAGCUUCUUCCUGCAGAACUUCCUGGGGGCCCUGAAGCUGGCCCUGACGGAUGAGGCCAAGGACAAGGAGCUCCCCAAGUACCUAGCCCUGACCCCCAGGAAGAAGAAGCCUCAUGACAACUGGUUAGAGGGUGUGCCCCGACUGCUGGCCGGGCUGCUCUUCCAGCCCCAGGACAGCUGCCUAGGCCUCCUCAGGGGUGAGGGCUGGGAUGGGGCCGUGGCCAAGAAGCAGAAGACCCUCCUCCGCUACCUGAAGAGGCUGCAGUAUGGCUCUCUGGACCCCGGCCGGCUCUUGGAGCUGCUCCACUGCAUCCAUGAGGCCUGCGAUGGCUACCUCUGGCGGCAUGUGGCCUCCAGCCUGCCCGCAGAGCUCUCCUUCCAGGGCACCCGGCUCACCCCGCCUGAUGUCCACGUGCUGGGGGAGGUCCUGCAGGCUGCUGGGAAGGAGUUCUCCCUGGACCUCAGGAACAGCAGCGUCGACUUGCUAGGCCUCAGGCGCCUGGUCGGGCUCAGCAGUGUCAGCCAGUUCCGGGCCUCCUUGAGUGACACAGCCAGGCUGUGGGAAUCCCUUCAGCUCCAGGGAGAGGACGAGCAACUCAGGAGCGCCACUGACAAGUUCACCAUCGACCCCUUCAAGGUCAAGUCCCUGAAGGAUGUGGAUGAGCUAUGCAGCCUGGUGCAGAUCCAGGACAGCAUGGUCCAGGGGAGGAGCAUUGCAUCGGACGAUGCCCCGGCUGGGAUUUCCGCGGUCAGGAACCUGAGGAAAUUGGAGUUUGCGCUUGGCCCAGUCUGGGGUCCACAGGGCUUCCCAAAGUUGGUGGAGAUUCUUGCAGCCCUGCCAUCCCUCCAGCACUUGGAUCUGGACGCUCUGAGUGAAAACAAGAUUGGAGAUGAUGGUGCGGCUAAGCUGUCAGCUGUCUUUCCUGAGCUGAAAUACCUGGAAACGCUAAACUUAUCGCAGAACAGCAUCACGGACUUGGGAGCUCAGGAGCUGGCCAGAGCUCUGCCUUGCUUAUCCUCACUCAUCACGCUAAGUUUGUACAACAAUUGCAUCUGUGAUGCUGGAGCUGAGGAGCUUGCCCAAGUCCUUCCAGAAAUGUCAUCCCUGAAAGUGCUAAACGUUCAGUACAACAAGAUCACAGCCGCUGGAGCCCAGAAGCUCACGGCCAGUCUGAGAAAGUGCCCCCAGAUGGAGACCCUGGCGAUGUGGAACCCGACGAUUCCUUAUGGCUUCCAGGAGCAUCUCCAGCAGCUGGAUUCCCGGAUCAGCCUUCGGUAGCCCCAGCGGGGUCC